GUGCGCAUGCGUGAGCCGCCUGCGGAAGGCGGAAGCGGAAGUCGGGGGGCGCGCCAGCUCGGAGUGAGGGAACGCUCUCGGCGUCUGUCCGGCCUGGGGUCACCAUGGGGCGAGGCAGCGGCACCUUCGAGCGUCUCCUAGACAAAGCCACUAGCCAGCUUCUGCUGGAAACAGACUGGGAGUCCAUCCUGCAGAUCUGCGACCUGAUCCGACAAGGAGACACACAAGCAAAAUAUGCUGUAAAUUCCAUCAAGAAGAAAGUCAAUGACAAGAAUCCACAUGUGGCCUUGUAUGCCCUGGAGGUCAUGGAGUCUGUGGUGAAGAACUGUGGCCAGACAGUCCACGAUGAGGUGGCCAACAAGCAAACUAUGGAGGAGCUGAAGGAGCUGCUGAAGAGGCAGGUGGAAGUGAAUGUCCGAAACAAGAUCCUAUACCUGAUCCAGGCCUGGGCACAUGCCUUCAGGAACGAGCCCAAGUACAAGGUGGUCCAGGACACCUAUCAGAUCAUGAAGGUGGAGGGACAUGUCUUCCCGGAAUUCAAGGAGAGUGAUGCUAUGUUUGCCGCAGAAAGAGCCCCCGACUGGGUUGAUGCUGAGGAAUGCCACCGGUGCAGAGUGCAGUUUGGGGUGGUGACCCGCAAGCACCACUGCCGGGCUUGCGGGCAGAUCUUCUGUGGCAAGUGCUCCUCCAAAUAUUCCACCAUCCCCAAGUUUGGCAUUGAGAAAGAGGUGCGCGUUUGCGAACCCUGCUAUGAGCAGCUGAACAAGAAAGCGGAAGGGAAGGCCGCUGCCACUACUGACCUGCCCCCGGAAUACUUGACCAGCCCCCUGUCACAGCAGUCCCAGCUGCCUCCCAAGAGGGAUGAGACGGCUCUGCAGGAGGAGGAGGAGUUGCAGCUGGCCCUGGCCCUGUCACAGUCAGAGGCCGAAGAGAAGGAGAGGCUGAGACAGAAGUCAACAUACACAGCGCACCCCAAGGUGGAGCCCACGCCCCUGGCAUCAUCGGCACCCCCUGCCAGCAGCCUGUACUCUUCCCCUGUGAACUCGUCAGCACCUCUGGCUGAGGACAUCGACCCUGAGCUCGCACGAUACCUCAACCGGAACUACUGGGAGAAAAAGCAGGAGGAAGCACGAAAGAGCCCCACACCAUCUGCACCCGCACCCCUGACAGAGGCAGCUGCACAGCCUGGGGAGGGGCACGUGGUCCCUGCCAGUGUGGUGGAGGCUCCCCUCCCGGAGACAGACACUCAGCCCAUAACCUCUUCUGGCACCCCUUUUAGUGAGCAGUACCAGAACGGGGAGUCGGAGGAAAACCACGAGCAGUUCCUGAAGGCCCUGCAGAAUGCUGUCACCACGUUUGUCAACCGCAUGAAGAGCAAUCACAUGCGGGGCCGUAGCAUCACCAACGACUCAGCCGUGCUCUCGCUCUUCCAGUCCAUCAACAGCAUGCACCCGCAGCUGCUCGAGCUGCUCAACCAACUGGACGAGCGUAGGCUGUACUACGAGGGGCUACAGGACAAGUUGGCACAGAUCCGUGACGCACGGGGGGCACUGAGUGCCCUGCGAGAAGAGCACCGGGAGAAGCUGCGCCGAGCAGCGGAGGAGGCCGAGCGCCAGCGCCAGAUCCAGCUGGCUCAGAAGCUAGAGAUUAUGCGGCAGAAGAAGCAGGAGUAUCUGGAGGUGCAGAGGCAACUGGCCAUCCAGCGCCUUCAGGAACAGGAGAAAGAGAGGCAGAUGCGCCUGGAGCAGCAGAAGCAGACUGUCCAGAUGCGCGCCCAGAUGCCUGCCUUCCCCUUGCCCUAUGCGCAGCUCCAGGCCAUGCCUACAGCUGGGGGUGUGCUCUACCAGCCUUCAGGCCCGACCAACUUCCCUGGCACCUUCAGCCCAGCAGGCUCAGUGGAGGGCUCUCCUAUGCACAGCGUGUACAUGAGCCAGCCAGCCCCAGCCACUGGCCCCUACCCCAGCAUGCCUGGCACCACAGCAGAUCCCAGCAUGGUGAGCGCCUACAUGUACCCAGCAGGGGCUCCGGGGACACAGGCAGCCCCACAGGCCCAGGCUGGGCCCGCCCCUAGCUCCGCCUACUCAACCUACCAGCCCAGCCCAGCUCCAGGCUACCAGAACGUGGCUUCCCAGGCCCCACAGAGUCUCCCGGCCAUCUCCCAGCCUCCACCGUCUGGCACUAUAGGCUAUGUGGGCAGCCAAUCAGUUUCCUUGGGCUACCAGCCAUAUAGCAUGCAGAAUCUCAUGACCACCCUUCCUGGCCAGGAUGCAUCUCUACCACCCCAGCAGCCCUACAUUGCAGGGCAGCAGCCCGUGUACCAGCAGAUGGCGCCCUCUAGUGGCCCGCCCCAGCAGCAGGCUCCUGUGGCCCAGCAACCAUCGGUGCAGGGGCCACCCGCAGCAGUGCAAGGCAGCGAAGCCCAACUCAUCUCCUUUGACUGAUGCUGGGCAAGGAACAUGCUAUCCAGAGUAACACUACCGGUCACCCAAACCCAACUGUGUCUAACUAGCCUCUCCCUCCCUUUCUCCCCUAGUAUCCCCUCUCUGAAGGCAGGAGUGAGUCCUUGUCCCAGCUCUCCUCCCCUGUCCUCAGCCUGCUGGCUUCGUGUCACUGGCUCCCUGCUUUGGUCCUGACAUGGUCUGUGACUUGUCCCCAGGGCUGGGCCUUGGAGAGGGAUGGUGGAAGGGAAGGACCUUCACAGGGAACUGUCCAGCCCUGUGUGUUGGCACCUGCAAGAGGCCCAGCCUGCUCUGUCCCACUGGGAGCUGGCUGUGGUGUCUAGGUGUGGCCCCAGCCCCACAGCAGGGACCUCCUGGUUGUCACUCCACAGCAGAGUGGGUUUCAGCCAUCUCUAGCUUCUGUGCUUCUCAGCUGUCAUCUCUCUGGUGCAGAACAGCGAUAAUAAAAUGUAUUUCAAAGUG